AAUAGUCCAAUGCCCGCGCAGUAUUUCUUUAAAUUAUUUUCUUUACUUUGACGAUAGUAUAAUAAAAUGUUUUUGAAAUUUUACAAGGGUUUGUGAACAAAUCUCUUAUUUAUAAAUGUGCUUAAAAGUAUACCGGCAAAAGCCGCUAGAAUUUUGCAAUACUCCACACCCUCAAAUGGAAAGUGCUCAUUACGACAAAGAUUAAAAGGCACGAAGGAAUCUUACACACAAAUAACAACAUUAUAAGAUACCUAGUGCCUUUGAGGUGUUGUAGUUACGAAUUGAUAGCGACUAUUUGGAUGACGUGUGAAUAUAUUUCUACAUCUUCAAACAACGAUUUUUAAUAUUUAUAUUCUAACAAUGGCUCGUCCGUUUUACGAAACGCAUUUAGUUCCAAUUGUAGUUGGUAUUGCAGCUGUGGUGGUGGGUGCUGCCAUCAUUAAUUACAUUCUUAAUAAGAAGUCGUCGAAACCACGACCUGAACCCAAUCGCACCGCUCGCCUACGCACACUAGUUGAUCCAAAUGACAAAUAUCAGUUGCCAUUAAUUGAGAAAGAAAUUCUUAGCCACGAUACUCGACGUUUUCGGUUUGGUUUACCAUCGAACCAACAUGUUCUUGGAUUGCCCGUUGGACAGCACAUUCAUUUGAUCGCAACCAUAGAUAACGAAUUGGUCAUUCGUCCUUAUACUCCAAUAUCCAGUGAUGAUGACGUUGGUUAUGUCGAUUUGGUCAUUAAAGUAUAUUUUAAGAAUGUUCAUCCAAAAUUCCCAGGAGGUGGUAAAAUGACACAAUAUUUAGAUCAAAUGAAUAUCGGCGAUAAGAUCUCCUUCCGUGGUCCUUCCGGACGAUUACAAUAUCAAGGUCAAGGCCGUUUUCAAGUUAAGAAGCUUCGAAAAGAUCCACCAAAGACCGUUAUAGCAAAGCGUGUAAAUAUGAUAUCCGGUGGCACUGGAAUUACACCAAUGUUACAGCUAAUACGGGAUGUUCUAAAACACAAUGAUAAAGACAAAACUGAACUUGCCCUAUUAUUUGCCAAUCAGAGUGAAGCCGAUAUUUUGUUGCGUAACGAAUUGGACGAAUUAGUCAAAAAAUAUCCAGAUCAAUUAAAGGUGUGGUAUACGAUUGAUAAAGCUUCUGAAGUCUGGCCAUAUAGCGUUGGAUAUGUCAAUGAUGAAAUGAUGCGCUCUCAACUUUUUUCGCCGAGUUCAAACACGCUUUGCUUACUGUGUGGUCCGCCACCGAUGGUCAAUUAUACUUGUAUACCCGGCUUGGAGCGCAUCGGUCAUCAUGCUGAUAUGCGUUUCAGUUACUAAAUGGAAAAACGUAUAACGUAAAAAAUGUAUAGUUAAACUUUUAUCAGGCUGGAUAUAUGAUGUAGGCUUUAUAAACGAUGACAUGAUUAAACAACAUCUUUUCCCGGCUUCUGAAGAUACUUUGGUGUUAAUGUGCGGUCCACCACCAAUGAUAAAUUUCGCUUGUAAUCCAGCUUUAGAUAAAUUGGAAUUUCAUCCAGAUACCAGAUUCGCAUAUUAAAAA